CUGGGAAGUCGAAGCCGGGAAACUGAAACGAGUAGCCUCUCUUAUACAUCCUAUGUAGCGGCACCAUGGCGGCGGGGCCCGGUGUUUCUAUGCAGAGCGCUAGCCCUGCGAGAGAGCUUUCUCUCUCGGUCCAGCAAGCAGGGAAUCAGACUCAUGGAGAACGGAUCAAAUCUGAAGAGGCAACAGAGGCAGAGAAGCAAAAUCGCAUGGCCGCUUUGCUGGAGAAACUUCAUGCCAAACACAAUGCUUCAAGGCCAUGGCAGGAAACAUGCAAGGUUGUGCGUCUGGCCAUGGAGAAACGCUUAGUGAUGAAUGCUGCAGGUCACCCGCUCAUGCUCACUUGCCUGGAGACCCUGCAGAGAGCGCUGAAAGUCUCGUCUCUGCCCUCCAUGACAGAUCGUCUAGAAUCAAUCGCUCGGCAAAACCUGCUUGGCUCUCACCUCAGCCCAUCAGGGACAGAGUGUUACAUCACGUCAGACAUGUUUUAUGUUGAGGUACAGCUGGACACAAAUGGCCAGCUAGUGGACGUCAAGGUGGCUCAUCAGGGUGAAAACCCUACGAGUUGUCCUGAGCUGAUUCAGCAUCUAAGGGAGAAGAACUUUGAAGAGUUUUCCAAACAUCUGAAGGGACUGGUCGAACUCUAUAAACUCCCUGGGGACAAUAAGCUGAAAACCAAGAUGUAUAUAGCCUUGCAGUCUUUGGAGCUGGACCUCACCAAGAUGAUGCACAUGUUUAGGUUAGCAACCAGUGCUAAUGCAGUGGAGACUAUUCUUCAUGGCGGUGUGGGCCUGUUGACUGCAAGAAGUGGUGGCCAUCUUGUUUCUCUUCAGUGUUACGUGUCCCCUUAUGACAUAUUUGAGGAGGGACCAGACUCACAGCUAAACUCACCAGACGGCAUUGUUCCACGCUCUCUGGGUGUCAGUGUUUCUGUGACAAUCGAGGGAACCACGGCUACCUAUAAGCUCCCAAUUGCCCCACUCAUCACUGGAUCACACCCAGUGGAUAACAAGGGGACACCUUCCUUUUCCACGGUGAACAACUCGAACUGUGUGGACCUGCCAGCUUGUUUUUUCCUCAAGAUGAAUCGCCCAAUGCCUUUCUCCCUCUCCUUUAUUCAGAGGCUUGGCAAUGCUACUUCGAUCCCAGUGUUUGAGAGCUCCCCCGCCCUCUCACCUCUCUACCAGCUAAUUGUCCAGAGCCAGCGCCAGCUCCUUGAGGAGGGCAGCUCCACGCCGCCACCUUCACGCAACAUGCACUUCUAUUUUGCGUUGCCAGAUCAGCAGCACUGUUACUUCCUGAAUGGUGAUGCCCCGGUGCAAGACGGUCGCUCUCUUCAAGGAGUGCUGGUGACCAAGAUCCCCUUCCGCCACCCAGCACAAGUGCCCCUCCUGUUGGAUAUCAUCCGGCACCAGGCAGCCUAUAACAACUUGAUUGGCAGCUGUGUGAAACGAACUUCCAUCAAAGAUGAUAGUGCCGGCCUGCUGCAGUUUGAAGUAUGUCCUCUGACCGACUCCAGUUUCAGCGUCUCGUUCCAGCAUCCAGUCAAUGAGUCAUUAGUCUGUGUGGUAAUGGAGGUGAUUGACUCGAGACAGGUAUCCUGCAAGCUAUAUAAAGGACUGUCAGAUGCUCUGAUCUGCACUGAUGAAUUCAUCACCAAAGUAGUCCAGCGAUGCAUGUCCAUCCCAGUUACCAUGCGGGCAAUUCGGAGGAAAGCAGAGACCAUCCAGGCAGACACUCCAGCUCUCUCCCUAAUUGCACAGACAGUGGAGAUCAUGGUGAAGAAUAACCUGCCACCUUCCGGUAGUCCUACCUACAACAUGGAAGGCGAUGGAACUAACCCUAUGGGACUGCCGGGGCUCGCAGAGGGCAACACACCAACCGGAGGACCCCCAGGGGGACAUAAUUUUGGAGGUGCUAUUACUUCUCUGUUUGGGGCUACCAGGGGAGAAAGGCAAGCCCAGGGAGGAGAGUGCCUAACCCAAGGUGGGGGGGCUGGCCAGCAACAGCUGCAGCAACAACAGCAGGCUAGUCAAGGCCAUGUAGAUGAUUUCAACAAAGUCACCCAGAAUCCAAUACUGACGAGUCUGCUACAGAUAACUGGAAGUGUGGGUUCAAGUCCCAGCUCCCAGAAUGCACCACAACCCCACCAAACUCCACCUCCAACAUCCUCCCCUGCCAGCAACACCAAGAAUCAUCCUAUGUUGAUGAACUUGUUGAAAGACAACCCCACACAAGACUUUGCUGCGCUCUAUGGAUCUAGUCCGUUGGAGAGGCAGAAUUCUUCCUCUGGCUCCCCACGGACCGACAGUGGGGGUGCAGCAUGCCCUGGAAGUAAUUCAAAGUUAAAGAAAAAGCGCCUAAGGGGGCCAGAAAAGGGUGGUGUUAUUCCUGGGACUGUCGCAGGUGCAGGUUUAGGCAUGAAACCACAACAGGGAUCCAUGCCACAGCACCACCAUCAAGUCUCACAUGAGGAUGACUUCCACCGUGAGCUGCUCUCUAUGGAUGUGGACGCAUCUCAAAAUUCUAUAUUUGAUGUUAAUCUGACUGGUGAUGGCCUAGACACGCCCCACAGCAUCACUCCAGCACCGAGCCAAUGUGGAACACCGCCCUCUGGCCCCAACAUGCCUUAUUCACAGUCUCAGCAACAGCCAGGAGCUGUCCCGCCUCGUAUGGUCCGCCUCUCUAGCUCCGACAGCAUCGGCCCUGAUAUCACAGAAAUCUUGUCAGAUCUGCCCGAGCAGACAGGCAAAGGAAAUGGAGGGAGCCAUGGGCAACACCCCAUGGGAAGUGGUGGGGAGGAUGGAGGACCCCUAGGUACCCCCAUCCGUGACUCCUCCAGCUCCGGUCAGGGCAGCGCAGUGUUUGACUCGGCAGACAUUUUUAACACCAACAGCAAUGAGAAUCCUUUCACUGAUGCUGCUGACCUGAUUGCUGAGGCAACUGCAACUGCUGCCACGCCCACCAGCGAUUCUUCCUCCACCAACUUCUUCCCUGAGGCUGUAGACUUCAACCCAGACCUCCUCACCUCAGGCCAUGGCUUCCCCCAGAGCUACUUUGAUGACAGCUCUCCAAGUGCAGAUGGAGACAUGGACCUGGUCAAGGGUUUUGGGGGAAGUAGCCAGCAGAAUACUCCAUCAGGAACACCACAGAAUCCCACUCCCCAUGGCCAGAGCACCCCAGAGCCAUCUCUGAAGGACCCUUUUGAUAUGGGGAUUGUAUUUGGAGGCAACAGUGGUAGUGGUAAACCACUUCUUGUGCAAGCUCCUGAUCUGGGAGACACACAUGGGGGAGGGUCCCAGAGUCCUCUCACAAUGGGACUUGCAGCAGCAUGUGCUGAUUUUAAAAGUGCAGAACCCAAAAUCAAACAGCUACAGGGAAUAGUGCGACCGAAAGAUGAAAAUGGGGGUAGCGGAGGGAGCAGUUCUGGGAUGGGGAUGGGGAUGGGGAGCACUUCAACAGAGGGCAAACAGGUCAAACGUAGCAGGACCCCAUCCAGUGAGGGAAAGUCUAAAGAGAAACCUCCGAAACGCAAAAAGCUGGACCCUGAUGGUAAGUCCCCCUCUCACAGCUCAGGGGGGCGGCCAUACACUCCCCCUAGUGGAGGCUCAGGCUCUGGGGGAAGCAUAAGUGGAGGAGGCUCAAAGUCUCCUGGUAGUUCAGGACGGUCACAAACUCCUCCCGGUGGUGCCACUCCUCCAAUCCCCAAAAUCACCAUUCAGAUCCCAAAAGGGACCAUCACUGGGGGGAAAACAUCAUCCCAUAGUGGAUACACCUCCAGCAGCUCAGCCUCUAGCAACACAGGUGGGGCAGGGGGAACCAGCAGCAGCAAAAGUCAUCAUUCUCACUCAUCUUCCUCUGGGAAAAUCAAGUCCAAGGAAAGCUCCACGACACAAGGCAGCAGCUCCAAGCCAGGGAGUGCAGGGAUGGGGAGUGGAGUUGGGCCAUCCCAAUCUAAAGGCUCCUCCCAAGGAAUGGGGGUUGGUAAACCAGGAACUUCCCCAAUCACCAAACACGGGAUGUCUGGACCUGGAGGUAGUGGUAGUGGUAGUGGGAUUGGAAGUGGUAGUAAAAUGAAGCCUCAGGGGGGCAAGCCUCCUGGGUCACUUAUGAAUCCCAACAUAAAGCCCAACAUCUCCCCCUCCCACUCCCGCAGCUCUGACAAAUUGUCCUCCCCUAUGAAAAUGCAGCAGUCCCAGGUUCCAGGUACACCUCCUUCUUCCAAGGCUAAAUCACCAAUGGGCUCCGGAGGCGGCAGCUCUGGAGGGUCCAAGUCUUCUUCUGGUGGAGGCAUGAGCUCCCAGAAGCCCAUUGGUGGGAGCUCCUCUGGUUCUGCAUCUUCCUCAUCAUCCUCUAGCUCUUCCUCGUCCGCUGGUUUGAUGACCUACUCAGGGGGCUCCCAGUCUCAGUAUGGAGGAGGUGGAAGUGGAGGGGGAGGAGGAGGAUGUGGAAGUGGAGGCAGUGGUGGAGGUGGAGGAAGUGGAGGAGGAAGUGGAGGGGCUGGUCAGAACAAUGCAAACAAUCCCAACGCCAAAGGGAAGUCGCCCAGUCGAAACAAGAAACCCUCUCUUACGGCGGUCAUAGACAAACUGAAGAGUGUAGGUGGAGGGGGUGUAGGGGAGGAUGGUUGUGAGGUAGGCCCACCAGUAACUGGCCCAGGAUCUGCUCCUGGUGGUGGUCCUGGAAAUGUUCCCAGCAGUGGACCUUCCAUCGUGGGACCUUCCAAGCAUAGCUCGUCAUCUCAAAGUGGGGAGUAUAAGCGAGAGAAGUCUGAUAAGGAGACAAAAGCUAAAGUGUCUGUUUCCGGUGGGAAUAGUGGGGAUAAAAAGCUGAUGGACCCAAAAACAGGAGGGGGGAGUGCGACCGGUCUGGCGAAAAUAAUCAUUAGCAAACCUGAUGGUGGCUCACCAAGCAUCAAGGCCAAAGUGACCCUUCAGAAAACCGGGGACGGAUCUGGUGAAGCCUCUAUGCGUCCCCAAAUAUCUAGCCUUAAAGCUUCCCCCCUCUUCAGUGGCUCCACUCCCAAGCAUGACCGCUCCUCCCCGAGCCACAGCCGCUCGCCAGGAUUCACGCCACUCAACCACGACAGCGAAAGCGAAUCGGGCAGCAGCUCAGUGGCUGAGAAGUCCCACCAGAACAGCCCCAGCUCAGACGACGACCAGAGCGUUCGCCUACUUCCCCCCCAGGACUACAUGAGCUCCAUCCCUCACAGCUCAGGGGAGAAGCACAAGAAACACAAGAAGGAGAAGAAGAAGCAGAAAGAGAAGGAACGGGAGAGGGACAGGGACCGAGAUCGGGACCGGGACAAAGAGAAAAAGAAGUCCUCUAUGUCCAUGGGACCGUCGUCGCAUCCAAUAAAAGCAGACAAUUGGUCCAGGUCGCCAAUCUCUGCUUCGGAUUCCUCUUUGUCCAUGCUGGGGUCAGAGCGUCCAUCCCGGCCUAGUCCAAUGUAUAUGAGAAAUGAAGAUGAUGACCUCAUGGACUCAGCCCUCACUGGCAACCUUUAAUUUCAUUCAGUUUUUUUCUCACGUUUUUAACACAUGCCAUUAACAUACAAAAGAAACUUCUAUUUAUUUUAACUCAAGCCACAAUUGGGAACUGGAAACAAGGAUAUUGUGGUGCUCUGAGUGAUCAUUGUCCUGUUUUAAGCUGUGUUUUAAUGUCAGAUAUGACUGUUGCAGUAUCAGUGUAUAGUAUCAGAGGCUACCAGUGGUUUUUGAAAUACCAGCUGGCUUCAGCUUCAUUAAGGAAGCGGUUGCAAACUGUAUUUAAAAAAAAGAAAAAGGACAGUACUUGUUUCGACUGUGAUUUCCAAAUGUCUUUUCUUUUCACAUUGUAUGCGUUUGCCGCAGUUCAUUAUCUGUUGUUGCUAUAAAAAAAACGUACCAGAAUGCCACUAAAUAAGUAUGACAUCUGUAAAAAAAAAAAAGGAAGUAUUUUAAAGAAGGAAGUGUACAGUGUUCAGAUGCCUUUUUUUUAGAUACAACCUGGAGUUUUUAGAUUUUUAUAAGUUUAAACUGUUGAUGUGUAGGUAAAAGAAGACUGCAGAUGAUGAUGAUGAUGAUGAUGAAAAGAGACAUGAUGGUAAUUUUUUAUCUGUAGAAGUUUUGGAAUCUUUAAAUAAACAUUUCACUUCUGGAAAAA